UGAAGCAUUGAACUUUAGGUGAAGGUAUAACUAGUCUUUGUGGAACAAUGAAAAUGGAUUUUUUUAGUUUACUGGUCAUUGCAUGAUUGCAGAAGGGUUUAAGACAUGGACUUCGGAAAUUUCACGCAUGGUACCAGAUUCCGUACCUGUCAUUAGGCAUUUCCUUUUACCGAAGACUAUACGGGCCUGGGGACCUUUUUGUUGAUCAAAAAUGGAAAACAUUGUGGACUCGUGUCCACAUAAUAUGACAGAGGUACUGGAAUCCUCCACCAGGCUUGAUUGUGGUCAUGAUCAGUAUGGGAAUGAUCAGUAUAUCUGUGUGCCCAACAAAAACAAAACAGGACUCGUAGAACUGUGUUACAGUGGGAUCAUGGGGAUAAUAGAACAAGGUUACUGUUUGGAGACCGAUGGACAAAAACUUGUUCAAUUUGACUGCAGUAGAUUUUCAUCAGGCUGUCCGAGGGGAUAUUAUCGAAGCAAAAAGAUAUGCCAAUAUCCUGCUUGUCAAGGCAUCAAUACUGAACAAAAUUGUUAUUUUGCUGAAACCUCAUGUCCAAAUAACUCAUGGAGCACUGGUACCAGCAAGACAACAUUUGAUUUCCAAACAACAACACCUGCUCCUCAAUACGACCCAUCAUAUGCAGCAGAGAUUGCAGGUGGUCUGUCUGCUGGAGUGUUUUUAUUCGUUGUUAUUCUUACAACAGCUGUUGUCCUUUGGAGAAAAAGAAAGAAUCAGAAAAAUGAGGUACAUAAAGGCAAACCAUGCAUGCUCUUCAGACGGAAACAUAUUGAAUAUGAUGAGGAUAAUUGGCAAGUUGAAAAUGAGAAGAUGUUGCCAGGAGAGACGACAGAAACUCAAGGUUAUCUAGAUCAAAUUGACAACAAUUUAAAAGAGCAAAUCAGCAAAACUACGCAGGAGGGAAUUGAUAACAACAUGCAGGAGCAAUUUAACACCAAUACGCCAGAGCACAGAGAAAACUACAGGGAAAUGGACUUCACUGGUGAUUCCUCUACUGAGUCGCUACUGUCUUUUACUGAUCCUGAGGAUGAAG